GUAUCUGUAAAACGUAGCUUCUUUACUGAGCUCUGUUUAUGGCACUACUUAGGCUUACUGGCCACAUUGAGCUUAACUUCAAAAACUUUAGUCUUGUUUUGUGCUACAAUAAGAAGAACUCUUAAUUCGUUAACCAAAAUCUGCAGAACUCGGCAGGUUUUCAUAGCAAAAUCCUCCUACCACAUUGGCCAUGGAUCGAUGGAAGGGACGAGUGGCUCUGGUAACCGGCGCUUCCGCUGGAAUCGGCUAUGCCAUCGCCGAUGCGCUUGCGCGUAGUGGAAUGGUGGUGAUCGGUUGCGCCCGCAAUACCGAGAAAAUUCUGGAAUUAAGCAAGAAGUAUGGGAAGGGAGCUGGCAGUCUGGAAGCCAUACAGUGCGAUCUGAGCCAACCAGACCAAAUUACGGCGAUGUUUCAACAAAUUACCAAAAAGCAUAAACAGGUUGAUGUGCUGGUAAAUAAUGCCGGACUGCUCCGGAUGGAUGAUUUACUGACGGGUCGCAUUGAGAAAUGGAGGGAAAUGUUGGAGGUUAACGUUCUUGGGUUAAGUAUCUGCGCGAGGGAAGCACUUAAAUUAAUGCCGCAAGAUGGAAACAUUAUCAACAUUAACAGUUACGUUGGGCACUUUCACACCAAUUUCAAGGGCAGCCAUUUUUACACGGGCACGAAACAUAUGAUUACGUCGCUUACGGAAUCCCUACACCGCGAAGUGCGCGCUAUGGAGCCGAAAAACAAUAUCCGAAUUACAGACAUUAGUCCGGGAGUUGUGGAAACAGAGAUUAUGCAGCGGUCGCUGGCUGAUGCUCCGCAAGCAACGGAUAUAUCAACCAUGCCAUCCAGAAGCUGGGAGUAUGAGAAGUUGAAAGGUCAAGAUAUUGCGGACAGCGUACUGUAUGUCUUGUCGGCACCGCAGCAUGUCAACGUCAAAACCUUGAUCGUUGCACCCACACAGCAACCCGAACUUUGAAUAUGUGAAAGCCUGACAUCUACAGUCGUAAUAUAUGACAUAAAUGCCCGCACGCCGCCUUUGAAAUUAAUAUUUAGCUGUUACAUAAGGCAUUUGUUUUCACUGGAUAUUUUGAGUUAUAAUAUUAUAAAAUUAUACAGAUUGUGGAUUUUUCACCAAGCGGAUUAAAUAAAUGACAAUUCA